AUGCCCAGCAGAAAGAAGAAAACAGCGGUUAAAGAACAACCUAACAACCGCUUGAUAGCUACCAACCGCCAGGCGUUCUUCAACUACGAGGUUCUCGACCGGUACGAGGCCGGCCUGUCCCUGACCGGCACGGAAAUUAAGUCGAUUCGAGCCGGAAAGGUGGACCUGCGAGAAGCUUACGCAAGGUACCAGAAUGGCGAAAUGUGGCUAUUCAACUCACAUAUAGCCCAGUAUGAUCCGGCCAGCAUUUAUAACCACGACCCUCGCCGCGUCCGGAAACUGUUGCUGCACCGGGAACAAAUCACCAAGCUGGCCGAUGAGGUGGCCCAAAAAGGUUUGACCAUCGUGGCUUUGAGGCUUUACGUCAAAAACCACGUUGCAAAAGUUGAACUGGGUUUGGCAAGAGGCAAGCGUCAAUUCGAUAAGCGAAGGGCCAUCAGGGACCGGGAUAUGGACAUGGAGGCGCGACAGGCAGUGCGGGCUGCCAGGUAG